UCUCAGCCAGUAAAAUCCUCUGAGAGAAGUUGCAAGACGUGAAUGUGGACUUUGUUCGGGGCACAUGAUGAGUUAACUGCAGUUCCUGUACUCCGGAGUAUUCUUCUUUUUUUUGUGGUUUGUUUAUGUAAAUGAAUAAUGUUCAUGGACUGCACAGGACUGUUUGCUGAUCUCCUGUUGUCGUCGUCGCUGCCAUGAAGUCUUCAAGCUACAGACAAACUGCGACAGAGAAUCAAUAUGAGUUUAUUAUUAUUAGUAACCGUCUAUCUGGUAAUCUCUACUUCACUAGCUACAGACUGCCCUCCUGGAGAAUAUAAGAAUAAUGAUUUAUGCUGUCCGAUGUGUCACAUAGGUACAGUUGUGAAAUCUCAUUGCACUUCAACAUCUAGCAGUAAUGUGUGCAUACCUUGUGUCAAAGGAACAUACAUGGAUCAUCCAAACGGAGUCAAUAAAUGUCUUAAAUGUACAGACUGUGACACUGGAGGUGGGCUGUUGGAAAUAAAGGAAUGUACAUAUACUUCAAAUGCAGUUUGUGAUUGCAAACCUGGAUAUUACUGUUCCGGGCAAAAAGAUUCAUGUGACUUAUGCCAACCACACCGUAUCUGUAACGUUGGGCAGUACAUCAAAGUACAGGGAACCUCAAAAACAGAUAAUGUAUGUGAAGAUUGUCCACCUGGUUACUUCAGUACUGAAAAUAUGUCAAAGACCUGCACUGCGUGGACAGCGUGCACUGAGCAGGGUCGCCAGAAGUCUAGUCAAGGAACUUCCACUUCGGAUUCAGUUUGUGUAGAUGGGAGGUCUCAUUAUAUGGUCAUCAUACCAAUUGCAUCAAUCUUAUUAAUUUUUUGGUUUAUUUGUCUACAAAACCGUAUAAAAGAAAGGGCACCGGAGCGGAAUAAUGUACAUGAACAGCAAGACGAACCGAGGGGUGUGUUCUAUGCCUACAGACUUUUGCUAGUAGGUGUCUCUCGUUCCAAUCUCAACAAUUUGGGAGGUAUGUAUAUAACUAGGAAGAGUAUUGAUACUAUUCCACUGCACUUUUCAAAUAGGCAAUAUAAGACAAUCAAUCGAGCAACCUGAUGACGUCACACAAUGAAACGUAUGUCGAGGCAUAAUCUCCGGUCAAGUCACUGGCACUAGCACUCACUAAACUAGAUCAAGCCCUGAACUGGUUCAUCUUUAUAUUUUUUUUACAACAGACCUUUUUAUGUUCGGACUUUUUCUCACUGUGAUCACAUGAUCAGGAUCCAGUUUUGCAGGUUCCCAACCAUUAGUAUGAGACUCGUAGCUGCCACUGACGGCUUAGUCUUGGUGCUGGGAGCACACUUCCAGCACAAACACAGGAACACAUAUAUGCGGUGCCCAGAUACUGCAUAUAGUUUCAUAAUUGGUAAGGUUGAAUAAAGACGUUAGUGCAACCUGUG